ACCGAACUUGAAAAAUAUUUCAGAGUCGGCCUAUGAAUAAAAGAUUAAAAGUUAGUGCUCACUGUUCGUCUCUGUCUGACUAAAAUAAUAUAGAAGAAAGAAGAUUAGUGCUGAAAUACCUCUUCAUCAUUCUGAACCGAACAGAUGCAGGCUGAGUCCGCACAUAAGAGUACGCCUCAGUGACACCGAUCAAAAAGAGACUAUCACUUCAAAUCCAUCAAUUUACUGCUUUUAUAAGGCUGCGCAGAGCGGCGCUCCGCUGCCGGCAACAGCGAGUGAAGCCGGGAGAGAAUCUGAGAGGCUGGGUGGCCGGGAUACAUGAUCAGAGGGAAGACAGGAAGGAAGAGGAGAGACAGGAGUUGAGGGCAGGAAUGUCAGUUUCAGCAGGGAAUGCAGAGAAAAAGCGCGCAGUGUGACCAGCUGUAAUCGAGAAACAUGCCCGGUCCGUCCUGUGCGCUCUCACUCCACUAGUGUUGGCACGACGUCAGCUUUCUGUGCGGCAGUGCAGCAGGAAGAGCUCGGACUGGAUCAGCGCCCUCUCAUCCUCUGUCUCUGCCUUUUUCUUUCAGCAAAUGGAUCUGUUGAAGCCCUGCCCUGCCUGACAUGGAUGCCCCGCCACCACCCCCACCAUCAUCUUCCUCAGCUGAGUCCGAGGGCUGUUUCUUCUUGGCGCAGUGAGCCGGACACGCACUGAUCCCUUUUUCUUUUUUUCCGCCAAAUGGAUGUGAAAAAGCCGUUGUUCAGCCCGGCGUAGACCAUGCCGUGAUCUUGCUCCAAUCCGAAUAAAUGUUAAAGGCGUGACAGAUAUAAAGUCUGGGGAAUUUACCAAUUCAUGGAAUAAAAUCCUGUGCAGCACACAAGCACCAUGAAGAUUACCUCCUUCCUGAUAUUUAAAGCGAGAUUCAGGCACACCAUGAGGCUGCUGCUGCUGCUGUUACACUGUGUGGGCUGCGCUCAUGGGAUGCCACACGUCCUGAGAUUUGGAGGGAUAUUUGAGUCCAUUGAAAGUGGUCCUUCAGGUGCCGAAGAACUAGCCUUCAAAUUUGCUUUAAACACAAUCAACAGGAACAGAACCUUACUGCCAAACACUACACUCACCUAUGACAUCCAAAGGAUAAACAUCUAUGACAGCUUUGAAGCCUCAAGGAAAGCUUGUGACCAGCUUUCUCUUGGUGUGGCAGCCAUCUUUGGCCCCUCUCACAGUUCCUCUGCUAAUGCAGUCCAGUCAAUUUGCAAUGCUUUGGGUGUCCCACAUAUUCAGACCAAGUGGAAGCAUCAAGUAUCAGACAACCGAGACAUCUACUAUGUGAGCCUGUUUCCAGACUUCUCCUCCCUCAGCCGGGCUAUUCUGGAUCUAGUCCACUUCUUCAAAUGGAAGACAGUUACUGUGGUUUAUGAUGACAGCACUGGUCUCAUUCGGUUGCAAGAGCUAAUAAAGGCACCAUCCCGGUACAACAUCCGAUUAAAAAUCCGCCAGCUGCCUGCAGAGACAAAGGAUGCCAAGCCUCUUUUAAAGGAGAUGAAAAGGGGAAAGGAAUUUCAUAUCAUAUUUGACUGUGGUCAUGAGAUGGCUGCUGGGAUCCUUAAGCAGGCUCUUGCUAUGGGAAUGAUGACGGAGUAUUAUCACUACAUCUUCACCACACUGGAUCUGUUUGCACUGGACGUGGAGCCUUACCGAUACAGUGGUGUAAACAUGACAGGGUUUAGGAUCCUUAAUACCGAGAACAGCCAAGUUGCCUCAAUCAUUGAGAAAUGGUCCAUGGAGAGACUACAGGCUCCACCAAAACCUGACUCUGGUCUACUGGACGGCUUCAUGACUACGGAUGCCGCGCUGAUGUACGACGCCGUGCAUGUGGUGGCCGUGGCUGUGCAGCAGUCUCAGCAGAUCACUGUCAGUUCAUUACAGUGCAACCGACACAAGCCUUGGCGCUUUGGAGCGCGCUUCAUGGCCCUCAUCAAAGAGGCACACUGGGAUGGCUUAACGGGAAGAAUCUCUUUCAACAGGACCAAUGGCCUGAGAACAGACUUCGACCUUGAUGUUAUUAGUCUCAAAGAAGAGGGUCUUGAGAAGAUUGGUACCUGGGAUCCAGCAAGUGGCCUCAAUAUGACUGACAAUCAGAAGGGAAAGACAACUAAUGUCUCAGAUUCAUUGUCCAAUCGAUCCCUUAUUGUCUCUUCCAUACUGGAGGAGCCAUAUGUGAUGUUCAAGAAAUCUGACACCCCACUUUAUGGGAACGACCGCUUUGAAGGCUACUGCAUUGACCUACUGAGAGAACUGGCAAACAUCCUGGGCUUUACAUAUGAGAUUCGCCUGGUGGAAGAUGGAAAAUAUGGUGCACAGGAUGAGAACACGGGCCAGUGGAAUGGCAUGGUUAAAGAGCUGAUGGACCACAGAGCUGAUCUGGCAGUGGCUCCCCUCGCCAUCUCAUAUGUGCGUGAGAAGGUUAUUGACUUCUCCAAGCCCUUCAUGACGCUGGGUAUAAGUAUACUGUUCCGCAAGCCCAACGGGACCAACCCCGGGGUCUUCUCCUUCCUCAACCCACUCUCGCCUGAUAUCUGGAUGUAUAUUCUGCUGGCUUACUUGGGUGUCAGUUGUGUGCUGUUUGUCAUAGCCAGGUUUAGUCCCUACGAGUGGUAUAACCCCCAUCCCUGCCAGCCUGACUCUGAUGUAGUGGAAAACAAUUUCACCCUGCUUAAUAGUUUCUGGUUCGGAGUUGGAGCUCUCAUGCAGCAAGGAUCUGAGCUCAUGCCAAAAGCCCUCUCUACCAGAAUUGUGGGAGGAAUUUGGUGGUUUUUCACUCUCAUCAUCAUCUCCUCCUACACGGCAAACCUGGCGGCUUUCCUCACUGUGGAGAGGAUGGAGUCGCCCAUUGAUUCUGCAGAUGAUCUAGCCAAGCAAACAAAGAUUGAAUAUGGAGUGGUAGAAGAUGGUGCCACAAUGAUUUUUUUCAAGAAAACAAAGAUCUCUACAUACGAUAAGAUGUGGGAGUUUAUGAGCAGUCGGAGGCACUCAGUAAUGGUGAAGAAUAUCGAGGAAGGGAUUCACCGUGUACUCACUUCUGACUACGCAUUUCUCAUGGAGUCUACAACCAUCGAGUUUGUAACCCAGCGCAACUGCAACCUCACACAGAUUGGAGGCCUUAUUGACUCCAAAGCUUAUGGGGUUGGAACACCAAUGGGAUCUCCAUACAGAGAUAAGAUCACUAUUGCCAUUCUGCAACUUCAGGAAGAAGGGAAACUGCACAUGAUGAAAGAGAAAUGGUGGCGAGGAAAUGGUUGUCCAGAGGAGGAGAGUAAGGAGGCCAGCGCCCUUGGUGUCCAGAACAUCGGUGGGAUCUUCAUUGUCCUGGCAGCUGGACUUGUUCUCUCUGUGUUUGUGGCUGUUGGAGAGUUCCUGUACAAGUCCAAACAGAAUGCACAGCUGGAAAAGACGUCAUUCUGCAGUGCCAUGGUGGACGAACUGCGGGUUUCCCUCAAGUGCCAGCGGCGGCUCAAACACAAGCCCCAGCCGCCUGUCAUGGUGAAAACAGAGGAGGUCAUCAACAUGCACACCUUCAACGACCGAAGACUGCCAGGGAAAGAGACCAUGGCCUAAAGCAAGAAUCUCUGUCAUUUGCUCACCCAGUCUCAUGUACGGAGUUGGUGUGUGAAGACACUUGGGAAAAGGGUAUGGGUAAAUGGUAGAGGGGAACAAUAAGUUGGCAUGGUUGAAAGUUCUGCUUAUAGAGCAGGACUUAUUUGCAGUAUGUUGUUAAAAUGUAAUUCUUCUGUCUUUCUAAUUAGCUACAGGUAAGAUAUUCAAUGAUAUUUCCUGUGGAAAUAACUUCAAUCCGGGUGAAAUUUCAGCAAAUUACCUCAUUACAACACUGGCAGCCAAUGAGAAGUGUCAGGAUUAAAAAAAUAUAUUGAAUAGAAAAAUAAAACGAGUGGAAUCACACGUUUGAUCUCGUUCCUCAGUCACUGCAGAGACUGAAAGUGCACCUCAGAUAUUGUAAUUAAAUAGGAGUAAAAGUAUAUACAUUUUUUCAGUAUGGCUAAAUUUGAUCUCAUUCUGACUGCAAUGAUGAGCAGUGUUCUCAAAAUGGAGCACUGUUUGGUGACAUACAAUAUUGACUGACAUCCAAAAUGGACAUGAUGCAAAACAUCAUCAGGCAAUAAUUGAAUUUAUGUGUUUGUCUUUCAGAAUACUAACACUUUUAGCCUUUAAUAGGGAUUAGGUUAAAAAAUAAUAAGAUGAACUAAAAUCAGAGAAUGCAAAUAUGUAGUGAAUUGUUGAUGUACAUGUAUCAGCUGGUAGUCACAGGUAUAGAGAUUCUUCAGAGGUUCACACAACUUUGACAGUGAAUAGCUACCAUCAAGGUUGGCUCUUAAAUAAGAAUUCUCAGUUUUGGAUCCUGUAUUAAGCACCAGAUGGCUCAGAUUCUGCUAGGUUGUGAACCACAUGCUGCUGCUGCUCACAGCUGUCUGCACAGUAAAACCUCAUUACACUACAAAGCAUCAUGGAAAGGUACAAUAUGAUGGGAAUCCCAUUUGUUUUCAUUGUAAAAUGAUUAAGACUAAGAUAUAAAGCUGCAUAAUCAGUCAUCGGAGAUGCAGAAUAAAAGGCAUAGUAGCUAUGGAAUCCCUUAAUGUUUUCAGUCACCAAAAUACCUGUGGUUGGCAUAGUCACACAGAAACUAGUGCACAGCAGAAUCAUUAGCGCAACAGCAGCCAUGUUUCUAUCGAAAACCAUGAAGGGAUCUGAAGACAAACCUUCGUCAAGUAAAUCCUGCAGUGGCUCAGAAAGGCUCACAAAGUCAGAAUUCACAGCAAUCACACAACACACAGACUAUUUAUUCAGUAUUUAUACUUUUAUUUAUUGGACCUUUAUUUAUGUCUGUAUGGAAUGGAUUCUCACUACAACUUUGUCACAGCCUCUGUAUUACCCCUUUGCAGUGUCGAGGCUCCAUUUUAAUUUUGUACUCGUGGCUUUUCAUUUCUUCAGCUACAAUGCUCCACAUUUACUUGUGCAAAUGUGUUUUCUAUAAAGUGAUUUUGUACAAGGUGAAUCAGAAUUUUAUAAUAAUUUUUAUCAACACAAAACACAACAUAAAGAGCAUUAUCCAGUGUAAGGAGUCACUGUUGCAGCCAUGUGACUCAGGAGGCCUUGCUUUAAGUCCACAGAGUCGUCUCACAAGCACUAACAUCCUCACACACAGGAACCUGAAUACAGUCCAAACCUACAACAUAAACAAUAUUCUGGUAUAGCAUUAGUCACUCAACAUUUUGAAGGGGGAAAUAAACUAUUUUUUAUGAUAUAAAGGAAUCAUAUUUAAAGAUAUUUUUACUUCACAAGAAAUCAAAAUGUCAGUUCUGGUUAUAGUGAAUAUACAGUAUAAUACACAACAUGGAUUUUGAUGCUGGUCCUUUGACUUCUUAUAGACUGCUAAAUCCAGUGCUGUGCAACGAUUUCUAAUGGUUUAAAAAAAGAGGGGUCUAUUAGAAAAUGAAGAGUGUCUAGUAAAUUUUGACUUGUUGUGAAAAAUAAAAUGCAGUGCACACAGUUUACCCUUUGAAGUAAAUGCACAACUUUAAAGAAAAUAAAAAAGUUCUUCUCAA